CCCUUUUGUCUCUCCCAGCAGCAGUUCCAGCAGCAGCAGCAGCCGCCCAGACCCUCCGCCCCCGCGGGCCAGUCGCCGCCGGCAGCCAAGAUCAUGAGCGGGUCCCAAGAGCAGCCGCGCUCCGCCAAGGCGGGGCUUUCCGCGGAGGAGGUCGCCGGAGCCGAGCAGGACUGGGAAGCGGCCAAGGCUGCCUACGAAAGCUUCACCACCAUCACCAAGAGACCCCGGCCCCCCAAGCCCCUAAAUGCCAUCACCAUUGCGGUCUCCUCCCGGGUUCUCUUUGAUAUGGUGGAAGAGAGGAAGAUCUACGAGGAUCACGGCGUGGAAAAGUACGUGGAGUACCAGCAGGCGAAUGAGACCAUCACGCUGAAGCCUGGACCGGCUUUUUCCUUUGUGAAGGCUUUGGAGCAGGUAAAUGCCCGACUCCGAGAGCUUUACCCAGAGGAUGAAGACCUGUUUGAUAUUGUGCUCAUGACGAAUAACCAUGCCCAAGUAGGCGUGAGACUUAUCAACAGCAUCAACCACUAUGGUCUGUUGAUUGAACGGUUCUGUAUGACUGGAGGGAAGAGUCCCAUUGGCUACCUGAAGGCAUACCUCACAAAUCUGUACCUUUCUGCUGACUCUGAAAAAGUUCAAGAAGCCAUAGAAGCAGGGAUUGCUGCUGCCACGUUAUUUACAGGGAAUAAAAAUGUCCCUCACGAUGAUAAGCAGCUCCGAGUAGCCUUUGAUGGGGAUGCAGUUCUGUUUUCCGAUGAGUCUGAAAUCAUUGUGAAAGAGCAUGGCCUGGACAGGUUUUUCGAGCACGAGAAGAUAAAUGAGAAUAAACCUCUGGCACAGGGUCCUUUGAAAGGUUUCCUGGAAGAUCUUGGAAGGCUGCAGAAGAAAUUCUAUGCAAAGAAUGAGCGCCUGGAUUCCCCAAUCAGGACUUAUCUGGUGACGGCCAGAAGUGCCGCCAGUUCUGGAGCAAGAGUGCUCAAGACCCUCCGCAGCUGGGGGGUGCAGGUUGACGAGGCCCUCUUCCUUGCUGGGGCACCCAAGGGCCCAGUCCUGGCAAAAAUCAGGCCGCACAUUUUCUUUGACGAUCAGAUGUUUCACAUAGAGGGAGCACGGCAGUUGGGUACUGUUGCCGCACAUGUGCCGUACGGCAUUGGGCAGAAGUACCACAAAUCCAAACUCAAAGACAGCUCUGCCAAAAAAUAGUUCUCUUAGCUUUUAGUGUGCUGUUAAGUCUGAAUUUUUUGUAUACCCAGACUGCAGAAACCGUAUGUUGUGAAAGCAUCAUCCCAAUCUCUUGAUCCUUUUCCAGAUUUCUUAAAAACUCUACAGACAUUUUUGGAAACAAUAAAAACACUUUAUAAAUUCCUAAACAGAUCAAAUGUUAAUCAACCUCUGUCUGCUUUGGGAUUUUUCAAUAUUAGAAAACAUCUGCACUAUAAAUCUCUCUGCAAAGAAUCCCUGAAAUGGCACACUAAUGUGCUUGCACUCCUCUCUUAUCAGAUAAAUAGUGCCAAAUGCACAAAGUGGUGCAUAGGCACCUGCUGUAUGGGGUUUUCUACUGUGUUGCUGAAUUGUGUUAGUCUGCUGUUUCUAGUGCAGCAGGCUUUUGAAUGGGCAGUAGUGCAGAUUAUGAGAAUAGCUCAGGAUCAGGUCGACAGAGUGCAACCCAGAGUUCAGAAAUCCCCAUUGAUUCAAACAGUAUGUAGAUGCUUCUCCUUGGGGUUAGUAACUCUGAACAGGUUCUUCUCAGUGCGUUAUUUUGAACCAGAUCACUGCUGCCUUAAAAAAGUAGCCUCCUCCAUACAAAAAGGCUGUUUUACAAAACUGUCACCAGAUGCUGGGGGAUGGCCGUGUCAAUAAUUGUGCUGUGUCUUACGGUGUGUAACUGUGGUGUAUCUCAAUUGGGAAAUGUCAGAACUGUUGAUCUUGUUAUUUGUGGGGAAGGCUCUUUUUUUGGGGAAAAUAUUUUUCCACUUUAAUAAAAGCUGGCUUCGGAGAUAAUAAUUUUGCACUCUUAAAAAAUAA